GGGGCCGGGGCGGCCUGUGGCGGGCGCGGCGGAGGGCAUGCGAUCCUGUAUCCCUGGCCACUCUGGUGGCCGUUUACGUUUGUGUGUUUGCGGUCGGGGUCGCCACUGAGUCCCCGGGUUGUGGGUGGCAAGGCUGUCCCUCACCCCCCGCAGUAUGUCCUGACCCCCGUUACGUCCGUGUGGGGCUAAGUGGGGGUAUGUAUGUGUAUGGUCAGGGCUGUGCGUGUUACCCUUGCGCACCUGUGUGUGUAUGGCUGGAUCUAUCUCUGCCCGCCCCCCCCCCCCCGCCGUGUGUGUGUGUGCGCGUGCAAGGCCAGGGCAGUCCUUGAACCCUGUACACGUCUGUGCGCUGUGCUUGGAGCUGGAGUUCACCCUGACCUCCCCAUGUGCAUGUGCCAUGCUCGGCUGUUGCCAUUCCCCUGCUGUUACAGCACCCAGCCCUCUCUCCAUGCCCACUGUUGGGUUUUUUUUGGGUUGGGGUUGUGGUUUUUUUUGGCAGGUGUGCAGCAGGGCUGUCCAAGCCAUGAUCGAGGUGUUGGCCAAGCUGGGCCGUGGGCCCGUCUUCCUGGCAGGGGAGAUGCUGGAGUGCGUGAUCACUUUUACCAACCCAUUAUCGGCCUCAUCUACCUCCGCCAGCAGUGAGAUGCUGGCAUGGGCCAGCGCCCAGAUCCACUGCCAGUUUCAUGCCAGCGAGAACCGUGUAGCACUCCCUCCCUCUGAUGGCAGCAAGCACGACGUGCAGGCAGAGAACGAGACAGUCUUCGUCCCCAACAGAGGAGAGCGGGGUCAGUGUAUCCUGUCCACUCCACCAAAGAUUCUCUUCUGUGACUUGCGACUGGAUCCCGGGGAGUCAAAGUCCUAUUCGUACUGUGAAACGCUGCCCAUAGACGGCCCUCCCUCUUUCCGAGGACAGUCAGUGAAGUACGUGUACAAGCUGACCAUCGGCUGCCAGCGUGUCAACUCCCCCAUCAAGCUCCUGCGCGUUCCCUUCCGUGUCCUCGUACUGCACGGACUCAAGGAUUACCAGUUCCCACAGGAUGAGGCCGUUGCACCCUCAAACCCCUUCCUGGAGGAGGAGGAGGGCUUGAAGAAAGACUCUCGUCUGGCAGACCUGGCAACAGAAUUGCUCAUGGUGGCCACCUCUCGACGCAGCCUGCACCUGUAUAACAUCAGCAACACUCGUGGGAAGGUAGGGACGUUCUGCAUCUUUAAGACCGUGUAUAAGAUCGGAGAGGAUGUCAUUGGGACCUUUAACUUCUCAGAAGGAGACAUCCCAUGUCUGCAGUUCUCGGUGAGCCUGCAGACAGAGGAGAGCAUCCAGGAGGAGUUCCAGCGCCGGCGGGGGCAGCCUGUCUCCUUCAGCACGCAUGCCCGCCAUCAGGAAGCUUGCCUGCACACAGCCCAGAGCAGCUUCAGCCUGCCCAUCCCUCUCAGCUCCACCCCAGGAUUCACCACCAACAUUGUGUCCCUGAAGUGGAGGCUGCACUUUGAGUUCGUGACCUCCGGGGAGUCAACGGACACUUGCCUGGUUCGUGGCAGCCAGUCGGAGGCCGUCACCUGGACUGGGGUGGAGCAGAUCGAAGUGGACACUUUCAGCUGGGACUUGCCCAUCAAAGUCCUUCCCACCAACCCCAUCCUGGCUUCCUACGUAUCUCAGUUCUCCAGCACAAACUCCAUCACCAUCUGAAGUGGGGAGAGCUGGUAGGGGUCUGUGGUGCUGCAGGCACGUGCCGUUGGUGGGAAUGGUGGGCAGGACUGUCGCCAGCAUGCUGUGGGGCACAGAUCCCAACGUCCCCUUGGGUUCCUCUGCAAUGCCCAGGUGGGCACCAGGCAAGUCUGCCCUGCCUGUGGGUGGAGGAGCACUGUGCUGGCUGCAGUGUCUUGCACUGCAGCCCUCAGCUGGGAGCCAGACCCAUCUGCCUGGGUGAAGGCAAGAGUCCCAGCGCUCACCAAGAGGAAAUCUGCCUCCCUGGGAAUGGCCCAAUGUACCUUGUACCCCAUGAGGGGCUUCCAAGAGGAAAAGACCUAGCCCAGGGAAAGGAGAGCAGAGCUCUUCCAGUGAAGCCCCGUACCAGCCCUGGGUGAAGGCUGCGCCCCUACAGAGGCAGCCCUCAAGCAGACAUCUGGCGUCCAGAUGAGGCAUGAGGGCCGCCUGGGCUGGGUGGGAGCCUGCUCUCUCCUGGGACACGUCCUGCCUCUUGUUGAGGGGUCUCAUGCACAGCCCAGCAUCCCCAUUAGCCUCACCUGGAGGUCCUGGCAGCUAGCCCUGCACCGCCAGCACAUCCUGGUGUCCUGGAUGUGGCCACAUGCUGUGGCGUGAUCCAAAACUGAAGCACUGAGGGCCUGGGCUGUGGUCUGCCUGCACUCCUGGGUGCAAAGGCGUCCUGCUGGUGUCGGGAUCCUUGGGGAGCUGGACUGAAUGUGUGCUGCGCAUUUAGGAGCUGGGAUGGAGAUCUCCCUGCUCAACAGCCAGCUCCCCAUUUCUACCAAACCUUUCAAAGAGUUUUUCUUUUUGCACGGAAAUCUAAUAAAUAUCUGAAUGUGCAAAA